AUGCCUAAGAAGUUUGUCGGAGAAAACAGCAAAGCAGUUGCUGCGCGAGAGCGUAAAGAACUUGCAAAAGAAGAGAAAGACCAAAAACUUAAGAAGAUGAUAGAAGAUUCUGAAUGGCAAGAUGAUGAUGAGAAAUUGAAAAAAAAGCAACAAAAGAAGGAAGAACAAGAAAAAAAACGACUGGAGCAAUUAAAGAAGAAAGCAGAAGCAAAAGCAUUAUUGGAGAAGGAGAUGGAAUCAAUUAAAGGCACUGUUAAAGCAGCACCACAGCCAAAGAUCACUCGUGCACAAAUAGAACAAAUAAAGGAAAGGUCCAAGAAGGCUGAGCCAGAAAAACCAGUGCCUGCAAGAGUUGUAGUUGAAGAGCCUCCACUUGAAGAAAAUCUUAAUAGAUUACAAUUAGAAGGUGAAGUUGCACAAUCCGUAGAAGAAGCUAUUUCUAUACUAAGUGAUAAAGCAGAUACUGAUAAGCACCCUGAGAAGCGUAUAAAAGCUGCAUAUACUGCAUUUGAAGAAAUUAAUCUACCAAGAUUGAAGGCUGAAAACCCAUCCCUGAGGUUGUCACAACUUAAACAGAUGCUUAGGAAAGAAUGGACUAAGUCUCCACAGAACCCACUUAAUCAGAAGAUUUGA